CACUGGUUGUUAUUGGCAACGAACACAAAACAGAUUUUUAGAAAUUUCAAGGUUUGUUUUGAAACGUUUUGUUGUUGUAAAAUAGACAGUUUCUUGAAACUGCAAUAAGUAUUUAUAUUCACAAAGCAAAGAAAACAUGGCGGAUCAUCCAAGGGAUUCAGAAGGAGAAGAUGAACAACCCGGUUUCGCAAAAGCUGUUUCUAAAGUGACAGUGAAGGCUCUACAAGAAUUAACGCUGGAUGACAUGCCUUCUGUUGAAACUUCGUUAAACAUCGGACCUCCCCCAACUUCCACCGGGAGUGAUGAAGAGCUGAGGAGGAGUCGACCUAGCAGCGCCACCCAAGGAGAGACAAGCACAUUAUUGCGCAAUCUAGGGGAAGGAUUGGGGCAUAUUGACACAGAGACCGAAGAUGAACACGAUGAUAUGGAUCAGGGAAUGGAAUCUGACUCCGACAGAGAGGAUGAAGUUCAAUCAGAUCUUGUUGUUCUUGAUCCUGAUCAUCCUCUCAUGAGACGGUUCCAAUCAGCGCUUAAAACCCAACUCAGUAAACAACUGGAGAAAGCUCGAUUAGAAAGAAAGGAGUUGAUGGAUGAUUUAAAACGUAAGAAAACAACAAGGGAAGAAGUUGGUGUGACGUUGUAUGGAGUCCAACAAGAGCUUGCACGUCAACAAUCCAAUCUUGAACAACUUCAUGACAAACACGCAAUGUCAGCGGAAAGAAGAAGGAACAAAGAGCACGAUCUUCAGAAGGUCCGGGAGAAAUAUAAAGAGGUUCAAUCUCAAUCAGAGAGAGAACGAAAGAAGAACUCGGAACUACAGACAGAGGUGGAGAACCUGGCCACAAGGUUGUUCUAUAUGCAGAAUGCUAAGGAAGAUAUUCGUUCUGACAUCGCUGUGAUGAAACGAGCUGCUGAGAAAGCUGACGUGGAAGUCACACAAGCUGAGAUGAUUAAGAAACAACAGGAUCUCCGUGUGAAUCGAUUGACGGAACGAGUGGAACAUCUUCGUGAAACAAUCGCGAUGUACGAAGCACAACAAUCCGCACAAUCUGAGGAAACUUUGGCAGCUAAGCAAUCAUUACAUGAAGCAAGAGAUGAAAUUGAGGCAAUCAACCUUGAGAAGAAACAGCUUUAUCAACAAUGGAACUCAAGUUUGAUUGGAAUGAAAAGAAGAGAUGAAGCUCAUGCUGCAAUGCAGGAAGCUCUCAGCUUGGCCCAGCAACAAGUUAAAUCUCUUGAGACAGAGAUUAGCGGAUACAAACGUUCCAUUCAAAAAGAAGAAGAAAGAAAUGAAACGUUAACAAUGGUCCUCAACAAAGCAGAGACCGACAAAACUGUUACCAAGAAAUUGAUUAAACAAAAUUUAAUCAAACAAGAUUCCUUGAAACAGACGUACGGAACUUACAGUCGUACUCUGCAUGAGACGGAACAAGCUUAUAAUAAAGCUACCACUGAACGCUCAAUGCGAUUGAGUGAGAUCAAUGCUCUUCGUAAACAAAUUGAGCGUGAAUAUCUGGAGAAAGUUGCUUUGGAAGAUCGUAUUAUGAAGGACCUACAGCAACAACUAACUGCGGAUAAAGCUCAGAAUUAUACCGUGAAAGUUACACAAGAUAUCAGACAAAAGAAGAAAAAACUUGAAGCUGAUUACUCGCAAGUGGAGAAUGAGAUGGCACGGUGUUCGUUGCAACACACAGAGUGCACGUCACGGAUCCGACACCUUACAAUCCAGUGUGAGGAGCUAGAGAGCGAUAUUUCGUCUAAAAACGACCUGAUUAGUCGAGCAGAACAAGAAGCAUCCAAGCGCAACGCGAUUAUUGAACGUAAACAAACAGCUAUCGACCAAUAUAAUAAGAAGCUGGAGCAACUACUGGCUAACAGUGGGGGCGAAGAGAUUGGACCUCUGGAAAUUCAGAUCAAUUCACUGAGCAAACAAAUUGAAGGUUCAUCUCAAGGAAUUGCUGAAUUACAAAGAUUCUGGCUCCGUCAGCAACAUGAGUUGGUUCAGUUAUCUAAGGAGAGGGAACAACAAAAUGUAGAUGUGGAUAAGUUGAAGAAACAACACACCAUUCUUACACAGAAGAAACUUAGAAUAGAAGGGGAAAUAGAUCAACAGAUCCAAGAACAAAAUGAGAUUGAACGUUCAGUUCGCAACAUGCAAAACGCAAUGGUGAUUAACACAUUGCUAAGUAAGGAGAAAGGAAUCCAAGAAACACUCGAACAAGGAAAUAUUCUCACUGAGAAUGAGUUUAUCCAAGAAUUAAAGGAAGCAGAACUUGCUUCAAUACAAAUGCAAACCAAGUUGGAAGGAUUGCAGGAAGAGAAGGAGAGACUUCUUAACAGUUUGAUUGAAGCUGAGCGUCAGAUAAUGCUGUGGGAAAAAAAGACACAACUGGCCAAGGAGACAAGGUCAGCUGUUGAUUCCGAGGUUGGGCAGGGAGAGAUGAGAGCAAUGAAAGCUGAGAUUCAUAGAAUGCAGGUACGAUACACACAACUCAUGAAGCAACAAGAUCAGAUGAUGAGGGAAAUGGAACAAGUGGUGUCACGUCGUGAAACGAUUGUUACACGUGGGGAAGCACAAUCAAAGAUUGACAGAAAAACUCCAACCAAAGGAACAUUCCAGAAGAAACUUUUAGAAAUAAAAAAGAAAGUAAAACAAACACAGAAGGAUGCAGAGACAUGCGACACCGAUAUUCGACAACUUCGUGAGAAUCAAGCAGAGGUCGGAAGAAAUUUGGAAGAAAAACAAAUAGCUGUUCAACAGUUACAAGGGAUGGUAGAUACACUGGAGGGGGAUAUCGAGCAUCUUGCCGAAAUUAAACAGAGAAACUUGAAUGAUCUUGUUGCAAAACAAACUAAAGUAAAACAUCUUCAAUCACUGAAAGCAGGGAAGUACACCCCAAUAUGUAAGACUGAAGAAGCUUUAACUAAUGAGCUACAAAAGCAAGAUGAUCGUAUGAAUCACACUGUUAACAUACUCGAUCGUAUAACACAAGAGUUCCCACAUACCCAACAAGCUGUUAGGAGAGUGGUUGUAACAUAUGGACCAGAACAAAUGGCAUACGAUGAAUAAUUGUGAUGUUUAACAACAAUUUAUGACAUAUAAAUACUCUGCUAGAAGCUGUUGUACCUGCUGUGCAUAUGAGUUUCUGCUUUAAUGUUAAGUAUAGAUUGUUGCAACCGAAUUGCCAUUGCAUUCAAUACAUUUCAACUUAACACUGUA